UGCCAGUCAGUGCCACCUAUCAAUGCCAAUCAGUGCCACCUAUCAGUGCUGCCAAUUAGUGCCGCUUAUCAGUGCCAGUCAGUACCGCCUAUCAGUGCGCAUCAGUGCUGCCUAUCAGUGCCUGUCAGUGCUGCCUAUCAGUGCCAGUUAGUGCUGCCUAACAGUGCCAGUCAUCAGUGCUGCCUAUCAGUGCUGCCUAUCAGUGCCAUGUAUCAGUGCUGCCUUUCAGUGCCCAUCAGUGAUGCCUGUCAAUACCCAUCAGUG